AAUUAUCGUCAUGGCUACAGAACAGAAAAUCCUGCCCAAGAAAGGCGAGCGUAACAUCCUUGUUACGAGCGCUUUACCCUAUGUCAAUAACGUACCUCACUUGGGAAAUAUUGUUGGUUCUGUGCUAAGUGCCGAUGUUUUUGCCAGGUAUCACAAGGCCUGUGGACAUCCUACGCUGUAUAUCUGCGGAACCGACGAGUAUGGCACCGCCACGGAGACGAAGGCUUUGGAGGAGAAAGUGACGCCGGAGGAGCUGUGCGCGAAGUACAACAAAAUCCAUCAAGAAGUGUACGAAUGGUUUGAAAUCGGGUUCGACCACUUCGGACGCACUCCGACGCAAAAACACACUGAGAUCUCUCAGGCCAUUUUUAAGCGGCUCUAUGACAAUGGGUACCUUGCGGAAAAAACCGCUGAACAGCCGUACUGCGAGACCCAUGGGUCUUUCUUGGCCGAUCGCUACGUCGAGGGAGAAUGUCCACGAUGCCAUUACGAUGAUGCUCGGGGAGACCAAUGCGAUAAGUGUGGCCACCUCCUCGAUCCGUUCGACCUCAUCAACCCCCGGUGUAAGCUCGAUGGUGCUACUCCGGUAAAGCGAGAUACAAAACACAUCCACCUCCUCCUAGAUAAGCUCCAGCCAGAAAUUGAGAAAUAUGUCCUUCCAGCUAUGGAGAAGGGCGAAUGGCCCAAGAAUUCCCGCAACAUCACUGAAAACUGGUUGAGAGAAGGCUUGAAGGAUCGUGGUAUUACAAGAGAUCUUAAAUGGGGUGUUCCCGUUCCCUUGGAUGGAUUUGAUAACAAGGUGCUUUACGUGUGGUUUGAAGCGUGCAUUGGUUAUCCAUCAAUUACUGCAAACUAUACGCCUGACUGGGAACUCUGGUGGCGCAAUCCUGAGGAUGUCCAGCUUUAUCAGUUCUUGGGCAAAGACAACGUGCCCUUUCACAGCGUGAUUUUCCCCGGAUGUCAGCUGGGAACCAAGGAGAAAUGGACUAUGCUCCACCAUUUGAAUACCGCCGAGUACUUGAACUACGAGGGUGGCAAGUUCAGUAAAUCUCGCGGAAUUGGUGUCUUUGGCAACAACGCCAAAGAGACUGGCGUCGCCCCCGACGUGUGGCGUUACUAUCUUUUAAAGAACCGUCCAGAGACAGGAGACACCCAGUUCGAGUGGAGAUCAUUUGUCGAUAGCAACAACAGUGAGUUGCUGGCCAAACUCGGCAAUCUUGUUAACCGGGUCGUCAAGCUUGUCGCUGCUUCCUACGGUUCCACCAUUCCCGACUUCACCGUUCCAGAGAGCUUUCAACCCACCUUGGACGAGGUUACUGGUCUCCUCCGACAGUACGUCGAAGAGAUGGAGGGCGUACACCUGCGUGCUGGUGUGAGUACCGCUAUGAAGAUCGCUGAAGCUGGCAAUGGCUUGAUUCAGGCCAACCGACUGGACAACUCCCUCAUCGCCAACGAACCCGAGCGGGCCGCCGCAGUGGUCGGUACCGUGCUCAACCUCAUCCAUCUCCUCGCUAGCGUGUUCGCUCCUUAUCUCCCCGCCACCUCCAAGUCCAUCAACGAACAGCUAAACGCACAAUUCGCACUCAUUCCCUCGCUUGAGGACAUCAAGGACGGCUGGAAACCUGUCUCGCUGAAACCCGGCCACAAGAUUGGCAAGGCCCAGUACCUCUUUUCGCGUAUUGACCCCAAGAAAGCCGACAUCUGGCGCGACCAGUUCGGCGGCUCGCAGGCCGAUAGACAGAAGAAAGAAGAAGAAGCCGCCAAGGCAGCUGCGAAGAAGGCGGCCAAGGAUGCUGCAAAGGCCAAGAAGAAGGAAAAGAAGGCUAAGGAGGCUGCCGCCGCUGCCGCUGCCACCGGCGCUGGUUCUGUCGAGUCUACGGCCAAGGGAGGAGUAGAAUCGACCGGUGUCACGACAGAGGGGAAGAACGAUGAAGCUGUUGAGAAGGUCACCGAUGGCGUUGCGCAGGUUACGUUCCCAAGUUCGUGACUGUCUAUACGUGCGAAUUUCUAGCAGUUGGUUUAGUUAGAUACUUUUGUAGACACGAAAGCGAGACUAUAUUUAUAAGCGGUAACUCUAGCAAUUACAUAUAUUAUUACCUUGUAGAAUAUACC